AUUAUCGAUAGCAGCAGGCGUUCUCAGUCCCGACCUAUCGAUAGCUGAAUUAAUUAAGUAAAUUAAGUUAACUAAAAGGCAAGGCGACGCGCAGGAAAAGCGGAAUUAGUGAUCCCGAUAACAGAGCAGCCAAGAAGCGGAGACGCAGAGAAGCAGGGAAGCAGCGACGCAGAAAAGGCAACGCAACAAAGAGGAAGAAAAGCAAAAGGCGAGGGGAGAAGGAGAAGGAAAACACGGCGUGAAAAGCAUGAAAAGCAUGAGCUGAGACUGAAGUCGCCAUCUGAAGCCAGGGAAUCGCCAGUUAGCCAGUUUGCAGGGGUCGCAGGAGCAGGAAAAGGAACAGAGGAGCACCCCAGAUAAGGAGCACCCCCAUUUAAACCUCCAUCGCCACCAUGAGCACCGUGUUCAUCAACUCGCGCAAGAGCCCCAAUGUGCUGAAGAAGCAGGGCACCGACCAGUGGGUCAAGCUGAACGUGGGCGGCACCUACUUCCUCACCACCAAGACGACGCUCUCCCGUGACCCAAAUUCCUUCCUCUCCCGCCUGAUUCAGGAGGACUGCGACUUGAUAUCGGAUCGGGACGAGACUGGCGCCUAUCUGAUCGACAGGGACCCCAAGUACUUUGCCCCCGUGCUCAACUAUCUGCGCCACGGCAAGCUGGUGCUCGACGGCGUCUCCGAGGAGGGCGUGCUGGAGGAGGCCGAGUUCUACAACGUGACGCAGCUGAUAGCCCUGCUGAAGGAGUGCAUUCUGCACAGGGAUCAGCGACCACAUGCGGACAAGAAGCGCGUUUAUCGCGUGCUGCAGUGCCGCGAGCAGGAACUGACCCAGAUGAUCUCAACGCUGUCGGAUGGCUGGCGGUUCGAGCAGCUGAUCAGCAUGCAGUACACCAACUACGGGCCCUUCGAGAACAACGAGUUCCUGUGCGUCGUCUCCAAGGAGUGCGGCACGACGGCCGGGCGGGAGCUGGAGCUCAACGACCGGGCCAAGGUCCUGCAGCAGAAGGGAUCGCGAAUUCUUGGAAUUUAAACGCGCUAUAUAUUCACAUACAAUCCUAGAAACCGAAACCAAACUCCCCGUCAUCGACAGUCAGCAAUCAGCAAACAAGAACCACUCAUUCAUUCAGCCACAGCCACACAUACAGCCGACCCAACACCAAGAACACCAACUGGAUGCAGCCCAGGAGAGCCUCCGCCUAUCCACACAGCACACAGGAUCAGAUCACACCAACCGAUCACCGAUCACCCACCAAAAUCAAGAAUCAAGAUCAGCCGGAAUCGCCCAGGCAGAGACGGCAGACUACGCUUCAUUUGCAUUCGAGACAAAGUUAACAGGUACCACUGCGACUCUCGCCCUCGUGGCCGUUUGCGCUUGGCUCACUCCCACACUCGCCGUCGCUGCCGCUGCGUUCCUGCAGCUCCGUGGCAGCGGCGCCGUUCGGAGUGCGUGCGGGCGUGCAUGUGUUCAACUUGUAGUAAACCAGAUAGACCCGACUAAACGAGAUACGAGAUAGGAGAUAUGACUAGGCAACACUAGCCCCUGCUUUGUGGCGCCCUCAGCUUUGAGCUUCGGCUUCUGUUCACCCACGGAGGCACUCGCAGCAGAGCACUCAGCAAGCUAGUAUAUACACAUUUAGCGGGAGUUUGUAGGCUUAGUCUUAGUAGUUUUUAUCGUGCUUACAAUAACAGCCCUGACGACGCAGCGGACACUUCGCUGGAGCAGUCGCGAUUCCCUUGGUUAAGCAACUGACUAAGCUGCAUUUACGAGUCCGAUCGAUCUGAUACCAAAACCCAAGCAGGAGUCCUGUGCAUCCGAAAUCAGAAAUCCGAUUGCGAAUCGAAUCCCCCAGAAUUUGUGCACUGUGAGCGAUAGGAUAUUAGAGCGUGUGUGUAGGCCCGGUUUUACUACCCUGAGCUUUAUUUUUAGUGAAACAAGCAAGCAAAGAUAUCAACUUUAGGAAAUCAAUUGAAUCACGACUGAAUUUAUGUGAACUUGCACUCAAUGGAAAUACAUACAUGAAAAACGAAAAUUGAUAGUGAGGAGAUGUGUGAAAUGUUAAAAGAAAAUGAAAAACCUAUCCGGCGACGUUUUGUACAGACAGGCAUUGAUGAUAUCUAUAAUAUUAUAAGUACAUGGAUGUAUAUAAUUUUAAAUAGUUACUAAUUUAUACACGAAAAAGGAGGGAAGCAGGAGCAGAACAGAAGCAGAGGAAAUUGAUAAUGAUUCAGAACGUCGCCACCUACUCGUACCCAUUUUGUAUCCAUUUUGACUUAUUUUACGUGCACGGCAGGUGCAGGGCAGAUUAUAUAGAGUAUAACUUAUGCUUACGAGGAUUAUUUCGACGGAGAACCUUUACACUAGCAAGUAGUAGAACCGCAGCGCCCGUGAACGCCGGACCCUAGUAAUCCGGCACUUAGCAAUACAGAGAAAAGGCAACUGCGAGUUGAUAGAGAUACAGAUUGCAGAUUGCAGAUUGCAGACACAGACACGGCAACAAAUACCGAUAGAGGUACAGAUAACAGAUAACUCUAAAGUUAAUACGAUAACCUAACCCCUUCUGUAAGCGUAAUCCGUCACCCGUAACCCGUAACCCCGAUAAGGAUGUACUCACACCCACUCUACACACCCUGUACCCUUCUGUAACCUGCAGACGCGGAGGAUCAGUCCCGCCCAGAUCGCAGAUGCAGCUGGUGCUGGACCGGAUCCGCUCCAUCCCCUGUCCAGGCUGCCUGGACAGUCCCUCACAUAAUAUGAAUAUAUACGAAUAAACUUGGAACCCUUUUCUAAAAAACAUCCCCCAAGAGUUUCGUCCUGAGAGCUUAAAGCUGUGGAUGAGCUUGAGUGCUGUAACUGGGUGAGGAUAUUACAGCAGUCACAUUGUUCCGGAGCAGCCGCCAAUGCCAGGAUGCCUGGCAAUCGAAGCUCAUUGUGGUAACUUUUCCUGACACCCAUCAAGGACGCAGCCCAAAGCACAGGGAAAAAGCUUCAAAGGAUCUAAACCCAGGAAUUUUGCAGCCACUAGCAAGAAAAAAGCCCAGCAAGGACGCUUGAAAAGCGCAACUUGUAAAUAAGCUGAUAUUGUAUAUUUCGUAUUUUCAUAUUUUGUAUAUACACAUAUAAUUAUGUAAUCAUAAUCUAUAGCAUGUAACCCCAGAUUUUUUCAGAUAAGCCACCACGGGAUCCGUAGCCAAUAUCCCGUUUUUUUUUAAAUUUGUCAAAUUUGCAACCUAAAUGAUCACCCUACCAACAAUAAAAUUCCGAAUCGAUUGGUUUUUACCACCCAA